AUGCCAAAUAUUCAAAGAGUUGGUAAAGAAUGGGAUAUAUCAAUAGAAUUUGAAUAUAAAGGAUUAACCAAAUAUAUGAUCCCCUCACCUGAAAUGGAAUUAAAUAUAGAAUUAAUAUUAAAUGGUCAACAAAUAUUUGAAAAUCAAAAUUUCCUUAAAAACUUUGCAAGUUGUUUUUUUAUAUUUUUUAAAUCAAUGAAUUAUGAUUUUAAACUUGAAUUUAAUUCUAAAAAAUCAAUAACUUUUAUAUUAAUUAAUAAAAUAAAUUAUCAACUGAUCCCCAAUAAAAAUGAAUUAAAAAGACAUGAUUUAAAAAUAAGUCUUAUUGGAAAAAAUCAAAUUAAUUUUAGAAAUCUUAUAAAAGAAAUUAAUGAAUUAUUAAUUAUAUGGUUAUCAGAUUUAGAUUUAAAAUCUCCAUUAAUUUUUUCAAAAAUUUUAAGAGAUAGUUUUUUAAUACAUUUAGGUAAAAAUAAUAAUUAUAAAAAUGAAUAUAAUUAUAUAAAAGAUAUUGUAAAUAAUCAUAAAUCAACUACUUGUUUAUAUAAUUUAGUAAAAAAUCCUAAAAUUAUGUCAAUCUUAAUUAAAGAAUAUAAAGUUUCUCCAAUUUUAAAUAUUUUAAAACUUAUUGAAAAAUAA